UAAGAGACAUUUUUAUAACAACACAAAUCUUUGAUUAAUCGGGUAUUAUAACACCUCUUUGAUGCAAUAAACAAACUCCUUUUGUUUCAAAACAUUUUGACAAUAAUUCAUUUGACGCCGAGAGCUAACACGAAAAUGUAGUAAAAUAAUGGUAAAGCUUGUUUGGUGUCUUACAGCAUUCUUUACGAGCAUCAUUUUAUUUCUUCUAUUGAUGUACACGGGUGUGAUUGAUGUGAGAGGAGAGGAAAUAUAGAACACAAUGCUGGUGUCAGGAACCACUAUACUCGGCACCGAGAUCCUUCUGAAGAUCAUAAGUCCGGAGGGUCACACGUUCAGCGCGUCCUUCGUCGACGAGACUCUCAUAGAAGAUGUGAAGAAUCGAGCCAUCGACUACUUUUACCCGAACGGCGAGCACGGCGCGAGCCGCUACAAGCUGAUCCGAGUGUACGACACAACCACCCUGCACGACUUCCUGACGCUGGCGCAGGAGCAGGUGGCCAUGCAGGAGGAGCUGUUGCUGAUAGAGCGGCGCGUGCCCGAGGCCGGCAAUCUGUGGGACCUGGGCGCCGUGCGCGCGCCGCAGCAGACCGCCAUCGCCGCCGCCACCGCCUCGCUGCCACCGCCGCACAGUACCUUGCGCCAGCCCAACCUGCAGGCGCUGCUCUCCACCAACGAGCUCACCUACGAGCUGCGCAAAAUCCUCAUCUCUCUGAUCGAGGCGGGCGCCCGGCUCGCCGCCGCCGGAAGGAACUACGAACUGACGCUGGCGCAGCUCUCCGCUGCACUCGAUGAGCCGCAGCGCGCGCGCGACCUCGACGCGCAGGUCAUCACGCCGCAGGAGAUUGCGGCGCGGCUCAAUCUGCCGCAGCAGGAGGCGCGCGCCCCCGCCACAGGCGAGCCGGAGGGGCCUUUCCGACGCGCCGCGCACCUUCAGCGCUUCCUCGAGAAGUUCCGCGCCUGGAGGCUCAAGAUAGCAGAGCCGCCCAACGCAGAGGCGCUCGCGGCGCUCAACGAGCUCGGCUUCACGGCGGAGGAGGCGGACGAGGCGCUGCGCUGCACCGGCAGCAACGUGCCCGCAGCCGCGUCCUGGCUGAUCGGCGAGCGCGGCUCGAGCGUGUUCGAGUUGGUGAGCGGGCUGCCCGAUGGCCUCAUCCUGCAGACGCUGCUCAAGCAGCCGCAGAUCCAGCGCGGACUGCUGAACACGCGCAUGCUGAUCGCAUUCAUAGCGAUGGUGGGCCAGACUGGCAGCGCCGCGCUCUGGCUCAACUCGCCGCACGGCAGCCCGCUGCUGUCGCAGAUAUCGCGCACCUACCACUCGGAGAAGUACUGCCUCGCCGUCAACCAGUUCUCCAACGAGCGGCCGCCGCAGUCCGCCGCGCCCGCCGCGCCCUCCACCUCCAGGCAGCGCCGUUGAUUACUACUUUUGAAAUAUUUACUUUAUAAACAUUUUAUUUGGUAGAAUAUAUUUUUUUAUAUUUAUUA